AACCAACAAGUACGCCGCACUUCCGUUUCGCUCUUCCCCAAUCCCCACCCUACGGGCCCAGCCGAGAACACGAGGCAUGUCGAUGGCGGCGCUCCCGGACGACCUCGUCGAGCAGAUCCUCUUCCGCCUCCCGUCCGACGACCCCUGGUGCUUCGCCCGCGCCUCCGUCGUCUGCACGCUCUGGCACAGGCUCAUCUCCCACCCCGCCUUCCUCCUCCGCCGCCUGAGCGCGCUCCCCUCUGCAACCCCAAUGCUGCUGGGGUUCCUCCUCGACGAGGACGGGGAAUCAGUCGACGAGGACACCCUCGCCUUCUUCCCCACCUCCGCCUUCUCCCUCCCAGUCCCCGACCGCCGCUCCUGGUCGCCGCGCGACUGCCGCCACGGCCGCGUCCUCUUCUGCUCCAGGAGCCAGGACGCCAGGGGGGAGUUCCUUGUCUGGGAGCCCGUCACGGGCAUGGAGCGGCUCGUGCCGGUGCCUGCGGCGUACGAGCACCGCUACUCCAACUCGGCCGUGGUCUGCGCGGCCGACGGGUGCGACCACCGCGACUGCCACGGAGGUCCAUUCCGCGUGGUCGUCCUAUUUUCCGAGCAGACGGAGGACGACGAGAUGAUCACGUGGGCGUGCGUCUACUCCUCAGAGACUGACGCGUGGGGUGAGCUGACCUCCGUCCACGGCAUCUGCUCCUACACCGCUAAGUCCAGUGUGCUGGUACGGAGGUCUACACUCUACUUCUCAACCAACUGCAGAUACAUCCUCGAGUACGACUUGUCCACACACAGCCUAACUCGGAUCGACUCUCCUCCUGCGCACCGCUCGUCUCACCAUGAGGAUGAAGUAAGCUAUCAAAUAAUGGCCCUCAUGGUGGCGGAGGACGGUGGAUUGGGAAUUGCCAAGCCCGAUGACUGGGUUCUCUACCUUUGGUCAAGGGAUGUGAGUGACGCCGGUGAUGCAGAAUGGGUGUGUUACCGGGAGAUCGACCUGAACCCAGAUAGUUUGCUCCCACACCCUGCUCUCUGGCAAUGGGAGGUACCAAUUAUGAUGGGAUUCGCCGAGGAAGCAAUUACCAUUUUUAUGAGCACCACUGCUGGCAUCUUUGUAAUCGAUCUCCAGUCAGGACGUGUGAAGCAGGUGUGCGACCAUGAAUUCUCCUUCGACAUUUUGGUUCCAAUUGUCAGCUUAGGCCAUACACUCCCAGCACCCCUACGCGAGUACCACUACCCGCCUUCGCCCAAUUCUAGUGAGGAGGAGGAGGAGGAGGAUGACGACGAUGAUGGCGGCGGCAGCGACGACGAUGAGGAUGAGGAAGUGGCGGAAGAAGAACCAGAGCGGGCGUAUGAGCUCUUCGUAAAGGGGUGCAAGGCCAUCGAGCAGCGGGACUUCGUCAACGCCGUUGACUGCCUCAGCCAUGCCCUCGCUAUCAGGGCUGCACAUUAUGGUGAACAUGCUCCGCAGUGUGUUGCCACAUAUUACACAUAUGGAUGUGCCUUGCUAUACAAAGCUCGGGAAGAGUCAGUGAAGAGUACAACUAGCAAAGCUUAUGCUGGAAACUCAAAGGCCUCUGGCGGCAAUGUUGAGGGUGCUCCAUCUAUGGAGGAAGUUGAUACUGAAGAAGGGCAAAACUCAAAUGGCAUAGCUCAGGAAGAUAGGAAAAGUGAUGGUGACAAGGCACAUGGUGAAAUGGCAGGUGAUGAAGAAUAUUCUGAUUUAAACCUGUCCCGGAAAAUGUUGAAUAUUGCAAGAACAAUAGUUGAGAAGAGCCCAGGCAACACUAUGGAGUGUAUCAUCUCUGCUCUGGGAAAAGGUGCAUCUUCUGCGGAAGGAAGUACAAAAUCAAUUCAAGAUAAUGAGAUGUGGCGUACUCGCAUAUUGGCUAAACUGGAGAGGAAGCUUGAAGAGGUGGAGCAAGCAGUGUCAACCCCAAGCUGUGCCGCAGUUGAGAUUAUGAAGAGGGUUGCCCCAGAGGCAGAACAGAAUGUUGACAAUGCUGUGUCAAGGGCUGCACCAUUGAUUUCUUCGCAGAUGGCUGGAUUAAACAGCAGCUUCGCUUCCCCAGUAAUUCGUACAUCAACAACAACAGGAAAUGCUGAAAGUAGUGUAACUGACCGAGGCGCUGUAGGUGGAGGCAUCCGACGAGCUAACACGAAGCCUUCCUCUGCUGAACCUUCUCCAAAGAGACUUGCAGUUGCAGCAGCAGAUGAUUCACCAUGAUAAUGAUAGCAGCCAGAUAAAAUUUGUGAAAUUACAAGAUAUGCCUGGACCUUACCAACCCCUUUUCUGAUUCCUCAAUGGAGUAUUGGUCUGCUGAUAUAGUACAAGUAGCUACAUACUACUCCGUAUAAAAAUUGCUGCAGGCCUGCAGUUCGGUAUUUGUUAUCCGCAGAACCUGCACAAUGACGUUUCUUGUUUCUUUUUAAAACAUUGUCUGUUUGUUUCAGUCCAAGUGCCAAGUAUGACCUCUUCGUAUGUCCGAGGCUUUAAUUACUGUAUAUUCCCGGUUUCUGAACUACUAGGGGAGUACAUUGGUUCCUUGACUUCCUAAAACUUGCCAGGGUUGAUAUGUGUAUGUUCAUGAUCAGUAGUAGUAUGUACACGAAUGUCAAUUGGCCAUGGCUGCACUUCGGCAGUACGUAGACAUUGCAUUUGAUGCCAUGGCCAUGGAUGCACUUGGGCAGUACGUUGACUAUGUGGAACAUUGUAAUGUUAAUUAAGUUGGGAAAUGUAUCUUCACCAUGUA